AUGCGCAUGUGUAUUGAUUACCGCCAGCUGAAUAAGGUUACAGUGAAGAACCGUUAUCCUUUGCCUAGCAUUGAUGAUCUGUUUGACCAGCUUCAGGGCGCACAGGUAUUUUCUAAGAUUGACUUGCGCUCAGGGUAUCAUCAGCUGAAGAUUCGGGACUCGAAUAUCUUGAAAACUGCUUUCAGGACUCGGUAUGGUCACUACGAGUUUCUAGUGAUGUCAUAUAGGCUGACCAACGCCCCAACAACAUUUAUGCAUUUGAUGAACAAUGUAUUCCAGCCAUAUCUUGAUUCUUUCAUCAUCGUAUUCAUUGACGACAUCUUGGUGUACUCUUGA